AUGAAACACAUUAAUUCUGAUAAAACCAUAGAGCUUCUUAAUCAACUUAUUCAAACACUGAAACGUAAACAUCAACAUACAAAGCGUACAUUUGUUACAAUACCACCUCAGUUUGAUCGUAACUUAAAACCAUCUUUACAAGGCCAAUUAAACAAUGAGAUUGAUGAUUUUAACCAGCGGCUAUUAUCUUUAUCUGAUAUUGACAUUAUUAAUUGUAAGUUUACUCGAAAUAUGUUAGCUCAUGAUGGUAUCCAUCUGAACGAUCUUGGAACACGUAAGCUAACUGAAGCUAUUGACGUUUAUUUGAAGAAUUGUAUUUAA